GCGCUGGGUGUAGCCGCCGGACGCCCCCCAUCCCCGCGGCAGGGCGGGGCACAGAGCCUGCCGCCUCCCCUGGCUCUGCCUCUUCCCCUGGCCCCCUCCCUGCUGCGCCGCCGGGCCCAGCCGCCCCGCAGCAGCGCGAGCGCGGGACGCGGGGCGCGGACAGCUACCGGGCAGGGGCUGGGGCGCGGCCGGGCUGGCCAUGGCGCGGGCGGCGGGCGCGCGGGGCCGGGCGGGGCGGCGCGGGAAGUGCGGGCGGUGCGGGCAGGGAGCGCUCCUCGCCUGCGCCGCCUGGACCGCGGGCUGGGUGCUGGCGGCCGCGCUGCUGCUCCGCGCGCACCCGGACGUCUUCUCCGAGAGCUGCACGGACCAGAGGAGCCGGCACAUCCUGGCCGCACUGUGCCAGGACUACCGCCGAGGAGCACUCACGGGGGACCUGUGUGAGGACCUGUGUGUGGCUGGAAAGCUGCUGUACCAGCGCUGCCUGUACUACGAGCGGGGCAAGAAGGUGCUGCUGGCUGACUGGCGUGGCCGACCCGUGGUCCUCAAGUCCACGAGUGAGGCCUUCUCCAGCUUCCAGUCCCUCGGCUUGCUGGAUGAGGAGGUGGGGGAGGGCAGCCAGGACAUCCUGGAGGCAGAGCUCCUCCUGAUGGUGGCAGGACAGGUCAAGAACACCCUGGGCCUGGAGCUGUCCAAUGGCAGCCUGGGGCCACUGUGGCCUGGCCGGGAGGGCCUGCACUGGCGGGGGCAGCUGGCAAGCUCGUGGGCCCUGCUGCAGCAGGAGGAGUUCAUCCACCUCAGCCUGCUGCAGGGCUUGAGUCGGCACGUGCUGCCCGUGCUGGGCUCCUGUGGUCACUUCUACGCAGUGGAGUACCUGGCCGCCGGCAGCCCUCAGCACAGGACUCUCUUCCCCCUGGAUGAGGCAGCAGAUGUCCCCCAGGGUGGCCAGGGCCAGGCCAAGGCCAUCAGUGACAUCGCUCUCAGCUUCUUGGACAUGGUGAACCAUUUCCACAGUGACUUCUCCCACCACCUCCACCUGUGUGACAUCAAGCCUGAGAACUUUGCCAUCAGAAGAGACCUCACAGUGGUGGCUAUUGAUGUGGACAUGGCUUUUUUUGAACCUAAAAUGAGUGAAAUCCUUGAGCAAAAUUGCACAGGAGAUGAAGAUUGUAAUUUCUUUGACUGUUUUUCAAAGUGUGAUUUGAGAGUCAACAAGUGUGGAGCACAACGUGUCAACAGCAACCUGCAGGUCAUCUGUGACAAAAUAUUUCGCCACUGGUUCUCCUCACCCCUCGAGAGCUCUGCCAUCUCCCUCCAGUUGCAGCGGCAGUUGCGGGGGGCAGUACAUGAAUGUGCUGACUCCCCGAGAGUUGCCCCCAGCAUGUUCUGGAAGCUCCGCAGGCUCCUCCAAGCUAUGCAGAGGGAGCUGUGGGGGACAGAGAAGUAGCUGCUUUUCCAGCCUUAAAAAUGCUCACACAGGGAGCCCUUCGCCACUUCCUGCAGUACGUCAUCCUUCCAGACAGGGCUGUGGGUUUGCUCUGCGCAGCGCUGUGCAGACACGGAGAGAGAAUUUGAAGUGGAGCAGGUGCUGAGUCAGCGCUGACUGCAGACAGGACCAGAGACCAGCCCCUUUCCUCUGAGUGACUGAAGACUUAGUCACAGGCACUUGGGGGACCUGUUUCUCCAGACCAUGCAUUUGGGCUCACGCUGUGAACAAUGCUUAAGGCCCCGGGAUGGCCCAGUCCCAGCUCUGAUGUGUGCCAUCCCAAAGACUCAUUCCAAGGCCACAUUACCAGCUAACCCUGCCCCCUCUUCCAUCACCAUGGGCAAUUUUCCAAGGACAUUGAUUUAGACAGAGGAUCUCCUUUCAUCAGGUAUAGGAGGACUCUCUUUGUGUUCUUUGGCAGGAAGAAAAACCAUGUCAGUUACUCUUGUGGCAAAAGUCAAUUGAAACCACAGUUUGAGGCACAGGGCUAAGACUCGUGGAUAGGUGGGGCCCAAAAGGAAGGAUGGGCCUGGGUGCCCCGUGGGGAGGCCACCAGCCAACCGGAGUGGCUCCAGGUGCUGUUACUUUUUCCAGGGGUGAGCAGCUCCCAUGGAACCACGUUCACCUUCUGGGAAGGCUGUUUAUGGCAAAAAGGUCUAUGGGUGUGAGUUAGAGGGCGAGGGAUGGAUGGAGGCUGCUGGGGCAUUGCCCUCUGUGACCUUCAACAGUGGGGUUUUUUGCAGGGAGGUCAAGUAAUCUCUAGAGCAGUGAUUCUCAACCUUCCUAAUGCCGUGGCCCUUUAAUACAGUUCUGCGGGUCGCGACCCACGGGUUGGGAACCUCUGCUCUAGUGGGUGGACCCUGGCAUGACAGUCCUUCAUUAGUGGCUCUGAGCUCACUGGCCAGGCAGCAGAGCUACCUCAGAAAAGGAAAAAAGUUUUCAUUUUAACCAAAAUGGAAACAAACGUUUUUGUUUACCAAGGAGACCAUGCAAUAUAUAAUUACCCAACACAAUAGUGGCUUUAUUUGCCAAGAGGGAGCUGUUUCAUCCUAUUCCCCUGAUGUCUGGCUACCCACUUGCACUACACACCCCCGUUCUCAUCCCUGCCCAGAGAAUUCCCUUUAGGGCAAUGGCUUUUAGACUAUCUGUCGUGAAGUUAAGUUUUUAAUUUUCAAAUUUUUGCAAAAUAAUGCUUUUAUAUAAUAUGAUAAACACUAUAUCAAUAUGUUUAAUAAUUCAAUGUGAUAAAUGAGAUUGCUUUUUACGGACCUAAUUGAGCAACAGCCCUACUCAGAGGGAAACGUCUCCUUAAAUGACGUCUCUGUUUUGUUUUAAUAACACUUGCAAUAGACAAAACCCUCUCAGAGAUACGUCGGGGAACUGGAAGCGAGCCCGGCGCUUUCUGAGUUUUAUCCUACCUAAAACAAGUAAAGCUUUG